AUGAUUCUCUCUCUGGCCGCGGUGACAGCCAUGAGCAGCGGCGGCGGGAGCAGCCUCAACUCCUCCGCCCUCGACCCCUUCGACUCCUCCACCUCCUGGAGCCUGGCCGAGGACCCGUCCAACUCCUCCUCUGAGCCCGUGGUGCGGACUCUGACCCCCGACCUCCAGCCGGCGAGCUCUGCCGUGGCUGUGCAGGACGUCAGCCCCUGGGACGUGGCGCUCUGCGUGACCGGGACGCUCAUCUCCUGUGAGAACGCUCUGGUGAUAGCGGUUCUGUUCUACACGCCGACGCUCCGGGCUCCGAUGUUCAUCCUGAUUGGCUCGCUGGCGGUGGCGGAUCUUCUGGCCGGGCUGGGCCUCAUCCUGAACUUUGUCUUCACCUACCUGGUGGACAACUCGCUGGAAUACGUGACCCUGCUGUCGGUCGCUCUGCUCAUCUCGGCCUUUUCGGCGUCCGUCCUCAACAUUCUGGCCAUCACAGUGGACCGGUACCUGUCGCUCUACAACGCCCUGACCUACCACACCGAGCGGACGGUGACCUUCACCUACGUGAUGGUGGGUCUCAUCUGGGUGUUGUCCCUCACGCUCGGCUUGCUGCCGGCGUUUGGAUGGAACUGCUUGAAGGACGAGUCCUCGUGCAGCAUCUGCCGGCCGGUCACCAAGAUCAACGCGGUGGCGCUCGCCGUCACCUUCCUCCUGGUGUUCGCCCUGAUGAUGCAGCUCUACCUUCAAAUUUGCAAGAUUGCCUUUCGCCACGCGCAGCAGAUCGCGGUGCAGCACCAGUUUGUGGCCAUCUCCACCCACAAAGGUGUCUCCACGCUGUCGGCCAUCCUGUGUGCCUUCGGGGCGUGCUGGCUGCCGUUCGCCAUGUACUCCAUCGUGGCGGACUCCAGCUACCCGGCGAUAUACACGUACGCCACGGUCCUCCCCGCCACCUGCUGCUCGGUGAUCAACCCCAUCAUCUAUGCGUUUCGAAACCCGGACAUCCAGAAGUCACUGUGGUUGGCCUGUUGUGGGUGUGUCCCGUCCAACCUCUCGCUCCGGCCCAGGACCUCCAGUGACGUGUAG